AUUCGCCAAUUUGGGUUUCGUUUUCUUCGGAGGGUAAGCAAAGGGCACAUAUAAGUCAACUUGUCCCCUCGCCAGUUGCCACCUUUAAUGACACGCGGGUGCCCUGCAUCGCCCCUGCCUUUGAAGCCUCUCCCUCCCUCCCACUCCGCCAUGUGCAACCCUUCUUGAUUUCUCUUUUCGCCUCCAGGAGAUCUGUUUCCAAGAAAAAGAGAAAGCGCGUCUAAGUUCAGGAGCGGUUGGUGGGGUGAAGAUCGUAUUCUAUCAUAUUGUUUUCGAGUUUGUAUUUUGGAAGCUGCGUCUAUGCUCUUUUGAUUGAUUGAGGGGAAGAGAGUAACUUUUUCCCCUUUCAGUCCUAAAGCCCCAGCUACAGUCUGCUGAAACUAAAUUCUCUGUUGUUUGAAUUUUCGGGCUUCUGUAUAAUUCCCCCCCUUUGAUUAUUUUUAAAUUUAUUGAGAAUUAGUGUUUCCCAAGCUAUUUAGCUCAGACUGUGAAACAUUUUUGCUUGGGUUGUUGAAGUUUGGAGAAUUUAGCAUAUGGAAAAGGACAAAGCUUCAGGACAUGGAGGGGGGUUGCUGCCUCCUUCAGGGAGAUCUUCAGUCUUCUCUCCACCAUCUACUAGUAAUAUUAGCGUAAAGACUGAGCCAUCUGGAUGUUUCAAUUUGCCUCCCUUAGGACCACCCCACACGGGUUCUUCUGAAUCAGGCCGUUUUGGUAGUGGAGUGCCAUCAGAUUCUAGCCACUUUAGUCAUGAUAUCAGCUCGAUGCCUGAUAACCCGCCGAAGAAUUUGGGCCAUCGGCGUGCACAUUCAGAGAUUCUAACGCUUCCUGAUGAUAUCAGUUUUGAUAGUGAUCUUGGCAUUGUUGGUGGGUUUGAUGGACCAUCACUUUCUGAUGAGACAGAGGAGGACCUUUUUUCUAUGUACCUUGACAUGGAUAAGUUUAAUUCAUUGUCUGCAACUUCUGCUAUGCAAGUGGGUGAGUCAUCUUCUUCAGCAGCUAUGGCUUCUGGAUCAUCAGCUCCAAUAGCUGGGAAUGUUCCUCAUGCGGCUGCUGAGAAACCGAGAGUUCGGCAUCAGCAUAGCCAGUCUAUGGAUGGAUCUACAACUAUGAAUGCAGAAAUGCUCACAUCAGGUUCAGAAGACCCGUCUCCAGCUGAACUGAAAAAGGCAAUGUCUGCUGCCAAGCUUGCUGAACUUGCUGUUAUGGACCCGAAGCGUGCAAAAAGAAUCUGGGCCAACAGGCAAUCUGCCGCCAGGUCGAAGGAAAGGAAAAUGAGAUAUAUAUCUGAGCUAGAGAGGAAGGUCCAGACCCUUCAAACUGAAGCCACUUCAUUGUCUGCUCAGUUGACCCUGUUGCAGAGAGACACCAAUGGUUUGACGGCUGAAAACAGUGAACUGAAAGUGCGCCUGCAAACAAUGGAACAACAAGUGCACUUGCAAGAUGCCUUGAACGAUGCUCUGAAAGAGGAGAUACAACACCUGAAAGUGUUGACUGGUCAAGGCGUUAGUAAUGGUGGACCUAUGAUGAACUUCCCUGCAUCCUUUGGAACAAAUCAGCAGUUCUACCACAACAACAACUCUAUGCAUGCAUUCCUAACAACACAACAGUUCCAGCAGCUCCAAAUAAACUCACAAAAGCAGCAACAGCAUCACACAUAUCAGCAGCAACUUCAACUUCACCAAAUGCAACAACUUCAAUCCCCAGCACAACAGCAACAGCAGCAGGAACAACACCUGCACAAACCUGAAGGUCGCAGGGGAGAUUGACUUUGGACCGUUAUCUUUCUGUUGGCCAUGCGUCCUCUAAGAUUACCUACCUUUUUAUCUUGACUGUGGGGAUUUGAUCUUUCUUGACCGUGGGGAUUUGAUCCUCGCCGUUAAGCUUUUGAGAAAGUUUGGCAGCGUAAGCCAAAUUGCGAGGUGUGGCUCAUUCUCUUGUUUCAUUAGUUGCCAUUGGUCCAAGAUGGGUGGAGACUUGAAGCAGAGAAUUUCAUUGUCUGAUGAUGUAUAUCAUUAAAGUUUAUUGGUAUCUAUGUCACAUAACUUGUUGCAGCUGGCUUGACUAUUCAGCAAGUAUAUUAUAGUACUUCUUAGGACCCCCCAAUGAUUUUAAUUAGAUUUGCUAAAAUUUUUGUUUAUUUGACGCUAUUUUGUUGUUGGUCUUCCUAUUUGAAGAACAUCCCAAUUUAGUCGUUGUGGUGUGUACUUUGAUUACUAGACCUUCUUGCGGGCCAUUUUCAAUAGAGCAACUCUCCUUGACCAAGCAAAGAGUGCAAAAACCCUACUGUUAUAUUUUGUUGUUAGUUACUCUAUCACUCUAUGGAUUAAACCAGUUUGAU